AUGGCGGCCCUGGACUCCCUCCUGCUCUUCGGUCUGCUCCUCGCGGCCCCGACGGGGCUGGGGCAGGGGCCGCGGCGGCGGCGGCUGCCCACUCCCCAGAGCCCUCUGGAGAAGGUGGCGGCUGAGGCAGAGCUCAGCCUGGCCCAGCUCGCAGGGAGGUGGUUUUUGGUUGGAGUUGCCUCUCGCUGCAGCUACCUCGCGGAGCACAGCCACCGGCUGGAGGCUACGGCAGUGACGGUGACCGUUCCAGAUGGGCAGAUCCUGGCCGUCAGCACCUUCAGGAAGCUGGCUGGCAUGUGCUGGGAGAUCCGGCAGCGGUACCUCCCUGCUGGGGCCCACGGACGUUUCCUCCUGAAGGGCAGUGGUUAUGGCAGCAAGGUGGACGUGGUGCUGGGCGAAACAGACCACAGCAGCUAUGCCAUCCUCUACUACCAGAAGGGUCACAGCAUCUCCGUAAAGCUUUACGGACGGAGCAGCCACGUCAGCGACGCCAUCGUGGAGAAGUUUGAGCAGCACAGCAGGGCUGUGGGGCUGAGCAAGGACCUGACCUACUACUUCCCCACGUACGGGUUUUGUGACUCUGCAGAUGAGUUCCACAUCCUUGAUGAAAUGAAGCUGUAGGUGCAGGCAUCAUCCAGCCACCUGUGGCCAUGCAGGACUGAGACAGGCUUUGGCCAGGCCCUGUUGUUCCUCCUCAGCCCUGGAGCCAGCCCCAGGGCUCCCCAGCUCCCCCAGCAGUGCUGGCAGCCCUGCUUGUCCUUGUCCUGCUCCCCUGCAGCUUUGUGUCACCCUUCUGCACUGUGUCCCUGUGCCCAGCAGUGACAC